AUGGCCAAGAAGAUUUCGAAGAAAAAGAAGAAGACAAAGAAGAGGCAGUCAGUAAUUCCAAGGAAAUCAUCUAAAGAAGAAGACAUGCCUGAAACUCCCGAACCCGAACCUAUUAUAGAGUCUACUUCUCGUGCGAAUACUAUUGUCAUACAACCCAAAGUUUCAUCUGCCAAAUUAUCUCACGAGGAGGUACGAACUUCAGACAUUAGUGCAAACAUAUCUGAUACGGGUGUAUAUGUCAUCAUGGGUGAAGGAGAUCUAUCGAAGGAAAUUACUCAACCUCCACAAGGUACUCCAGUUACUGUUUCUUUCGAACCCAUUACUAGUACCUUUGUAUCUUUACCUUCAUUUAUCAUCCCUACUACUUCCCCCAUUGAUUCACCAACCUUUCAAAACACCAUCGACCAACCCUUUACAUCCAUUUUUUCAUCUCAAUCCACUGAUCCGCCCAAAGCGAAUGAUGAAUAUGAUAAAGAAGAAGGUGGUUUUGGUGGUACUUUUAAAGAUAUGGUUUUUGAUGAAGAAGAAGAGGAUUUCCCUAACCAUAUGCUCAUGUCCAUGAAAUAG